GACUUGGUUGGCAGGUUGGCUCUGCUAGCGACAAGGAAUCUCUCACUUUGCACAAGUGGUGUCUUGGACAAUCUUUUCUGGCUGAUCGGCUGCAGUUCGGCCAGCCUUCUGCGUCACACCUCUCCCCUGCGGCCUUGCCAAGCCACCCCCGCGGCCAACUCUCGUGCCGCAAUAAUCAUCGGCAAGGUCGCGCGCUCAACCAGACCUGCAAGACUGCACCGAUUUGAUCGCAGCCCCAGGCAGACCUCGACUUCGCCUCUUACUCUCCGUUAACGUCAGUUUGAUCGAUAUGGACUCUGUUGGGUUGAAACGCAAGGACACGACAAAGGGUCCGCCUCUACGGAUCUUAUCGCUUGACGGCGGAGGCGUGCGCGGGUACUCCAUGUUCCUGAUCCUCCAGGAGCUGAUGCACCGAACCUUCGUCGAAAUCGAGGGCCGAGCACCGCGACGGUCCGAGAUUCCCAAGCCAUGCGACCAUUUCGACCUUAUCGUCGGCACCGGCACCGGCGGUCUCAUCGCCCUGAUGCUGGGCCGCUUGCGCCUCGAUAUCGAGACGUGCAAGGAGCUGUACGUCCGCCUCACCCGCAUGGUGUUUGAGACCGACAAGACCAUCGCCGGCAUUCCCUACCGGUCGACCCUGUUCAAGGCGACGAAACUGGAGGAAGCCAUCAAAGAGUGUGUCAGGGAACACACCGUCUACGUGAAGGAAGGCAACGACGGUUCAGAAGCUGGAAGUAUCAUGAGCCCCGCCUCGCGCUCAAGCGCGGCGUACCCGAAUAGGCACACCAGCAACGCGAGCGUCGUGAGCUUCAGCGCCAGAAGCCCCAAUGCCCAGGCGGCGGCCAGACCAGUAUAUUCCCGCGGGGGAAACCCCAACGCGCGCCUGUAUGAUGAGCGCGAGAACCGGACAAAGACCGCCGUUACCGCGAUGUACAAGGGGAGCUCGAAAGGCGGAGCGCCAGCAAUGCUGCGUUCCUAUGACUCGAGGCGAGAGCCGGCCCCGGAAUUCGACUGCAAGAUCUGGGAGGCUGGGCGGGCAACAUGCGCCAUCGGUCUCGCCUUCAAGCCCAUUCAGAUUGGCCAGUCUGUGUUCCACGACGACGGAGCGGGCACUUUCAACCCGUCCGUGACAGCGCUCGACGAGGCCGCUGUGAACGAGUGGCCGGGCCGCGACGUCGGGGUCUUUGUCAGCAUCGGCACGGGGAAGCGGCCCAAGGGUAGCGACGCGAACCAGUCUCUGUGGUAUGAGGGCUUCUUGGGUGAAUUUGCGGAGGCGAGAAGAAAAUUGAUUGCCAAGAUUGAGGGCUGCGAAAAGAUCCACGAGUACAUGAAGAAAGAACACUUGGCGAAGCGCGGUGUCAACAUCGAAAACUACUACCGGCUGAAUGUCGAGGUGGGGGUUGGCGAGUUUGGCAUGAACGAGUGGAACCGCCUGGCCGACAUCAGCACAAACACCAGGAGAUACCUCGCCAGGGAAGAGGAGCAGCGGAUGGUUCAGGGCGCGUCCUCCAAGCUGGCCAAGAUCCACUUUGCGAAGCAAAGAUGGGAGCGCCUUAGCUUGGCAUCAGCGCCAGACGUGGCACAAAAGGUGCCAGAUAUAGAACUGCCCUUGGCCGUCGAGCUGCCAGGAGACAUACCCGCCUCCUUCCCCCACCCUCACACGCCGUCGAGCCGGCAGUCCUACGACUCCGGGCGGGACGACAUGUUACCCGUACGUGGCACGACGCCGUCGCCAAGGAGCUCUGGCGAGCCACCACGUCAGUCCCCGAAGCUGAACCAAUCGCCUUACCCUCCUGCUGCGCCUCCCCCGAGCAGCAGCAGCCUCCCUUCAUCAGCGCCGCCGCCGCCCGGUCGCUACGCAAAGCCGCCACCUCCUGGCGUCGGCAGUCCGAUGGGAGAAGAAGACAGCAGUCGCGCGGCUGACGCAGACGACGCAGACCGCUUGGUGGUCAACGCGCCCACGCCGUCACAAUACCGGAUCGCCGCAGGGACGGACAAGAUCGCAAUCGUGGGGCCGGACGACUACCCCAGGCAGUUCGAGGACCCGUUGAUGCAGCCGUCACCGCUGCGGGUCAGCAGGCCACUGUCGUCGUCGAUGGGGCCGCCGCCGUUGCCGCCCAAGACACCGCUUCCGGAGAAACAGCAGCAGCAGCAGCAGGCGACGACGUAUGGGCGAGCGUCGGCUCCAGCUUUGCCUUACCCUCUUGACGACGAGGCGCCGCCGGUGGUUAACAUGGCGAAGAAGCCAAACUACAGCGGCAGGUGAACUCUAGCCCGUGCCAUACGUAGCUGUUUGAGGCGGUGGCAGUGACGAGCUUGGGGCUGACGGCGUUUGCUUUAUGAGGUUCCUCGUAUGGGUUUUCUUUCAUGAGUCACGAGAAGCGAUAUCCAGAGCAUCUUUUUGCCAUAUGUAUCCUUUGCAA